GAGCACGCCUGCCUGCGCCCGGCCAUGGGCAGCUGCGCCCGCCUCCUGCUCUUCUGGGGCUGCUCGGCCGUGGCCGCAGGACUGAGUGGUGUAACUGGAGUAGGUUCCCACUGUGAAAAAGCAUGUAACCCUCGGAUGGGAAAUUUGGCUCUUGGGAGGAGACUCUGGGCAGAUACUACCUGUGGCCGGAACGCCACGGAGCUGUACUGCUCCUACAGCGAGAAUGCCGAUCUGACUUGUAGGCAGCCCAAGUGCCACAAGUGCAAUGCCGCACACCCUCACCUGGCUCACCUGCCCUCCUCCAUGGCAGACUCAUCCUUCCGGUUUCCUCGCACUUGGUGGCAGUCAGCUGAAGAUGCCCACAGGGAGAAGAUCCAGCUGGACCUGGAGACUGCAUUCUACUUCACCCAUCUGAUUAUGGUGUUUAAGUCACCUAGACCAGCAGUCAUGGUUCUAGAGAGAUCUCAAGAUUUUGGGAAAACUUGGAAACCUUACAAGUAUUUUGCCGCCAAUUGCUCUGCUACCUUUGGCCUCGAGGAUGAUGUUGUCGAGAAAGGAGCCAUUUGUACUUCCAGAUACUCCAGUCCCUUUCCCUGUACCCAAGGAGAGGUAAGAACAUUCAAUUAAUUCUACCUUUUAAAUAAAGUUUAAAAAAAAAAAAGAAGGUUAUUAGCACGCACACACACAUCACGAGUGUCACUAUAUUUAAAGUCUGGGUGCAUUUAAAAUCAAGGGAUGUUAAUGGCACAGAUCAAGUCAGUGUUUCUUUUUCCCAAUUAGCCUCCACAUUUCCCCCCAAGACGAUCAUUGUCAAUGUAGAUGGCCCAUUAGACUAGAUUUUUUCCGUCAGAGAAAGGGAUUUAAAGCAUUUUAUUUUUUAAAAAAAUU